AUGGUGGCUUCAGAUAGUUCGCACUUGUUGGGGCAGGAGGAGGUCAGGGACACCGAGCCGGUUCUCGACGCCCCCGAUUCCGAUGAGGAAAUGACCACGAAUCGACCCCCCAUGCACCGGUCCGUGACGGACGGUCGCGCGCAACAACCGCUACUAAAAGAUGAGCACCGGCGAUUAUCAAAUGCCAGCUUCGGUAAUGGUGCUGCUUCGGAAGGCAGGCCUAUGCUGCACCACCAUACACGAAGGCCGACAGUCAGGAGUAGUGGCACGGAACAUAACGCAGAGCAGGAUACUCGGCGAAAAUACAUCAUUGCAUCCGGUUUUCUCCUAUUGAGUUUGGCGAGUUUUGUGAUACAGACCGAGACUGCCGUAUAUAUCGCCGGUGAACUGGGCUGGGAUAAGCCCUACUGCAUGCUUUAUCUUACACACGGUUCGUGGUCCCUUCUCUGGCCAGUUCAACUCCUUAUUCUACGGUUGCAGAAGAGGAAACUCUCCUGGGACGCAUUCUGGCGACGUCAUGUCUUCCUCCUCCGCACGACCGCACAGAUGGUCGAGUCUCAAGAUAUGCACGUAACCUCCCGCCGUUCCCCGAUUCCGUACAUGCUCAAGACCACAGCAUUCGUGACAAUGUCCCUCACCGUUGCCGGUGGCUCAUGGUACUUGGCUGUCAAUAUGACGACAGCGAGCGACCUGACCGCCAUCUAUAAUUGCUCCGCCUUCUUUGCCUAUGCAUUCUCCAUCCCACUCCUCAAAGACAAGCUUCGCUUCGAUAAGGUAUUUGCCGUAAUUGUGGCCAUUGUUGGGGUUCUCGUGGUGGCAUAUGGAGAUAGAGACGAAGGCAAGCAUGCGGAUGGCACCCCGGGUAAAGGAGAAGGUCAAGUAAACAAUAGGCUCUUGGGCAAUCUUAUCAUCGGUAUCGGUAGUAUACUCUACGGUCUGUACGAGGUACUAUAUAAGAAGUACGCCUGCCCGCCGGAAGGCACCAGUCCCGGACGCAGCAUGAUCUUCGCAAACACCUUCGGCAGUCUGAUCGGAUGCUUUACUCUAUUCGUGCUCUGGAUCCCCCUGCCUGUCCUCCACAUCCUAGGCUGGGAAACCUUCCGUUGGCCCACCGGAGAAACCGCCUGGAUGCUCCUCAUCUCCGUCGCUGCCAAUGCCAGUAAGUCCACAUAUAUAAUGAAAACCCACCCCAGUAAACCCCCAAAGUAA